GUGUCGAGGCAAGUACAGUCGAAUGGCGGUGAAAGGUUUUCAUCUGGUGACGGUCGUCGUCCUAUCAUAUCUUUCUGACCGCACUACAGCAGAGUGUGACGAAACCUACUGUUGUUGUCCAACAGGGUCUGUUAGUAUUUCGACUGUUUCCAGUCGUGUGAGUCUGCAAUACGGCGUUACUUGCCCGUGGACCGCCUCGGAGCAGAACUACGAGUGCCGCAUCCAGACGGACGGCGUCUGCAGAACGGCGUUUCCCGGGUUCAUCUAUGAAAUCUCGAAGACGGAAGAGAGUAUGGUUAUCAAAGACGUACGGGACCGCCGCUGUGACUUGCAUCUCAAGUGCACGUCUGGUGCAUGCGUAGGGAACGAUAAUUGGGCAGGUGAAUACCGAGUGAGCAGUGCUAAACGUUCCACUUCCUAUCUGUUUCUAUUUGUUGGUCUAGUUGCAGUUUUUUAUCGUUUACUCUGCGAGUAUGAACAAUAAUUUUUAAGAAUACCUUACAUCUUUGAGUAUGGUGCAUUAGCUGAGGCUAUCACUCUUCUAGAAUUUCGGAAACAGGAAAUCUUUUGCGCUGUACGUGGUCUGGCA